UUGAAGUCGUGCCUAUUGCCGUGUGUGCCGUGUGCCGUGUGCCGUGCCGCGCGCCUGAGUCCGUGCUUCAGCGCUUCGCCUCAACGUCGCCAACCACGCACGCGCCCGCCAUGGCGGCCGAAAAGGCUGUGCAGCCGCCCCUGCUGCCGCUGUCAGCACCCCCCCGUCCCCCGGACCACGACUCGCUGGCUGCACCGCCGCCUCCGGUCCUGAUCGCCCCCGCCCCCGCCGCCGGCCCCGGUGCUCCCCCGGCUACGGCACCUCAACAGCAGCCGCCCGUCCCCGUUCCUCCUCCCCCCUUCCAACCCCACUAUGACCCAUCUCUAGAUCCUGCCAUCAAGCACCUGCUGGAUCAGCAGGCCGAGCUCCAGGCAAAGCAUGCCGAGGUCCAGGCAAAGCUCGCCGCCCUCCUCCCCCAAAAAUACGGGCCCAACAUCAAGGUGGAGCUCGAAAUGCUGCGCCACAAGCACCGUGUACUUCGAGCAUACGCAGACGAUAAUCGUGAGCCGUCCUGCUUUCUCUUGUCCCAUGUCACCCCGGAUGAUCGUUCCUUCCAUCCGAUUUUUGCUCCCUUGUCCCCGCAACCUUAUCUGAUGCCGCCGAUUAGAAUUGUCCGACAAUAUUCCACUCUUGUCCGACGUCGAAGAGGCGAGAGCGUUGCAGUAUCAGUGCGAGUGCAUCGAGACGGUCUGUGUUGAUCAAGGUAUCGACCUCCAGGACCCUAGGUUUCUCGAUGCUCUCAAGUACCAUUACUAUCGGGAUCAGGCCCCUGAUGGCUUCGUUGCCUGGCUGGACAGGAAU